CCGCCGCCGCUCCGCGCUCCAUCGGACACGCUCCCGGCGCUCCCGCGGCAGCGCUGCCCCCCGAGCCGCCGCUCCCGCAGCCCGGUCGCUGGAUUACACCCGGCUCCACCACCGGCAGGGCGCUCGCAGCUCCGCUUUGGCCGCCCAGGGAGACAGAGAGCGAGGUCUCUCCCGCCGCUCUGCCUGAAAGCGUUCUUCCCGCAAAAAACUCGGCGCGUUUGAGUUCAUUCAACCACAACAUAAAAUUCACUGCACCGGCCGCGGAGAUGACAAAAAACUGGAUCAUGUUUUUGCUCUUCUUAUCGGUUACUAUGUUUUUUGCCACUGCUGUACCAUCUGAGGGGCACCAGAACAUCACAGAGGACUUCAUGCAGCUGAGUGUCACACGGAAUAAAAUUAUGACAGCACAGUAUGAAUGCUACCAGAAAAUCAUGCAAGAUCCUAUUCACAGGAAAGAAGGUCCCUACUGUAACAGGACGUGGGAUGGCUGGUUGUGCUGGAGUGAUGUUGCUGCUGGAACAGUGUCAGUGCAGCGCUGCCCUGACUACUUUCAGGAUUUCAACCCAUCAGAAAAAGUGACGAAGAUCUGCGAUCCAAACGGGAAUUGGUUUAGACACCCUGAAAGCAACAGGACGUGGACAAACUAUACCCAGUGCAACAGCUACACACAUGAAAAAGUGAAGACGGCUCUGAACUUGUAUUACUUGGCCAUCAUCGGACACGGCCUCUCAAUCGCAUCACUUCUCAUUUCUCUGGGCAUUUUCUUUUAUUUUAAGAGCUUGAGCUGCCAAAGGAUUACCCUGCACAAAAAUCUGUUUUUCUCCUUUGUUUGCAACUCUGUUGUCACAAUAAUCUCACUGACGGCGGUCGCCAACAACCAGGAGCUGGUCGCGACCAACCCAAUCAGCUGCAAGGUGUCACAGUUCAUCUACCUGUACCUGAUGGGUUGCAACUACUUUUGGAUGCUGUGUGAAGGCAUUUACCUGCACACUCUUAUUGUGGUGGCUGUUUUUGCUGAGAAACAGCACUUGAUGUGGUAUUACCUCCUUGGCUGGGGUUUCCCAUUGAUCCCUGCCUGCAUACAUGCUGUUGCUAGAACUUUAUAUUAUAAUGACAACUGUUGGAUCAGCUCUGAUACUCAUCUGCUGUACAUCAUCCACGGCCCUAUUUGUGCUGCUCUGUUGGUAAACCUCUUCUUCCUGCUAAAUAUCGUCCGCGUUCUCAUUACCAAGCUCAAAGACACCCACAAGGCCGAAUCCAACCUGUACAUGAAAGCAGUGAGGGCUACCCUGAUCCUUGUUCCGCUGCUUGGCAUCGAAUUUGUCCUGUUCCCAUGGCGACCGGAGGGCCGGAUCGCUGAGGAGGUGUACGACUACGUGAUGCACAUCCUCAUGCACUACCAGGGUCUACUGGUGGCUACAAUUUUCUGCUUCUUUAAUGGUGAGGUCCAGGCUGUUCUGCGGAGGCACUGGAACCAGUACAAGAUCCAGUUCGAGCACAGCUUCAGCCACUCGGACGCCAUGCGCACGGCCUCCUACACCGUGUCCACCAUCAGCGACGUGCCGGGCUACGGCUACAGCCACGACUGCGCCAGCGAGCACCUCAACGGCAAGGGCUACCACGACAUGGAGAGCGUGGUUUUGAAGACUGAGAAGCUCUACGGCUGAGCAACCCCGGGGGCUCAGCUCCUGCUGCUGUGCCCGCCCCCUCCUCAGCUCCAAGCGGGAUCGAGUGACUUCAUGGCCAGAAGGAUUUCCCCGGCUCGGGAUUUGUUCUUCUCCCAAAGGACGCGUCUUUCGUACGUACAUAUACAUAUAUAUAUAUAUAUAUGCAUAUAUACAUUUUUUUUGGGGGGUGUUUCUUGUGUAUCUAUAUAGUAUGGACAUCUGUACAUAUAUAUAUAUAUCUAUAUAUGUAUGUGCUUUUAUAUAAGGGUUACAAACUUUGCCUCUUCAGUUUCUACUGUGUAGACAAAGUUGGCAAUUUUUUUUUUUUUUGUACAAAAGGGAAUCAACGAAGGAUUUCUUGUUUUCUUGGAAGUUUGUGUAAGACUGCGCUGUGUUGAAGCCACUUCAUUUGCCUGUGGAAUCUUAGAGUGUAAAUACCAGACUCUGUUGUCUUAAUUCAACCUGAAAUAGGACAAAACAAAAUGGUUAAAGUAGGUGCAAUAAUAACAAUAGGUUAUCCAGGUUAUUUUUUUUGUGUCCAGCAUUUAUUUGGCUGUUCAAAAAGCCCAACAGGUAGUCUGAGGAAAGAGAUAUUGCUGGUUUGGUUAAAGAUAUUGACAGUUUGGUUUGGCCAGUUUGGGUAUUUUUCCCACUAUUUUACAUCAAGCAUAGAGACACCAGUUCAAGUCUGAGUCUCCAUGUACUGCAAGGUAAUAUCUUGCAGCAAGCUUUGAGCAAUUUUAUUUAAGCUAUUUUGGCACAUUCAGAAACUCCUCGGUCUCCUGAAGUGUGUGGAACUUUCUUCCUGGCUUUAACACAGACAAGAUUGAUGAGGCCUCACUGCCAGAAAGAAAAGGAGUAACCUGAAUGACUGUAAACCCUUCCAGACACUAAUACGUAAUUGCAGCUGAUGGAACUUCACUCUGUGCUGAAGGAAUUUACUCAACCUGGAGAAGAUCAUGUGCAGGAUUUGCUGUAGCAUUCUCCUCAUUUUAUUUUUAAGUAUUUCCCUGGCCAUAUGCUUGAUAACUUAUCCCUUCAUUCUUGGGCAAGGUUUUGAUUAAUUUUGUGGCUUUUUUUGUUGUUGUUGUCUGAGAUAAGCAUGAAAGACUGAACGCAGUGCACAGGACAUACUACCUUUAAAGCCAGUUCAGACUAAUCGAGCAAACUACUGUUAUUAACUGUCAUUAUUUGGAAAAAUCCAAUAUACAGUUUGUUUUAUAAAGAGUCAAAACGUUAUGGAUUGAGACUUUUAAUAUUAUUUUGGGACAGUACUUUAUAUGUUGUUUCUUUGGUUCUGCUGGUGUGUAAAGGUCUCACUGAAACCGAGGAGGUUGUCAGGAAAUGUGGUCUUGAGGAAAUGUGUCUUUACAGAAAUCCAUGUUUUCGUUAAAUCUUUAUGCGUUAAAGAAAUUGUGCUUUUGUGAACUGAAAUGACAAAAAUACUCUCAAGAAAGAGGGCAUGAAAUGAGGCGAGUUCGGAAAAGUCCUACUGAAAAUCACAAAUGUAAGAAAAAUUUGUAUACCUUUAAUUUGCAGAUAAGUCUACUUGAAGUGGGAAAAAACAAAAUUAAGUGGGAGAAAAAGUAGGUGCUGGAACAGACAGACUAUUAUGCUAAUUAAUGUCUAUCUGGUGCGUGUAAACCAGUCCAAAAUUUAAAGACAGUUCUUUCUGAGACCAUUUCAGUUUUAAAUACCUAAUUUUGUAUAUGAACACCUUGACUUUAACAUUUAAACCUUUCUGUCAGUAGCUUUCCUGUAAGCUUCACUAGCAUCUAGGUAAUUUGAUGUCACAGUGUUUAUUAGCUUGUGACUUCAUAAGGCUUUGAAUAUUUUGUAUUUAGAAGGAAAACAUUAGGAGGAUGUGGUAAGUUCACUCCACUUGCACCUUUCCAGUAUGUUUUUACUGUUCUUACAACCUGGAGUUUGAAUUUAGAAAAGUGUUUUAUUAACGAUUUAGUUUCACAAUAUUACAGAAUCUCAGCUAGGACGCACAAAUCCUUUCUCUUCUUCCGCGAGGCUGCCUGGUUGGCCGAUGGGAAUGAUUGGAAAAAUCUGUUGGACUCUGUACCGUAGAGCAGUGGGAAAUCUGGCAAGCAGAUGUCACAGUCUCUUAAACUGUAAGGAUACAGUAAGGAUGCCUGCUACAACGUGAUUAGAGCCUGCUUGCUGAUCUAGGUAUUGUUACACAAAAGUGGUGCAAAUGUUCUGAAAACAUCAGAGGUGCAGAAAAAUCCCUGCUCUGGUGUAGCAACUUUACACUUGUGGGACCAGACCAUCAACUGGUACAAAUCUGUCUGGAGCUCCAUUUGCAGAACCAGCUGGUACCAGCUGAGAAUCAAAGCCCAGGCAGGUAUCUGUCCAUUUUAAAGUGCUUUAAGUCCCUGAUGACAAUUAUUUCAUGGUACCUGGUGGGUUGCUGUAAUUAAAACACACGGGAUGGUUUAGAGUGUGACACGAUAUUAGACUUUAAUUCAGCUUCUUUUAACAGCCAGGCAGUUAAAAUUUAAUAGCCUGUAGAUUUUGAUCAUUUAAUGCCAAGUAAUACUAAUUGCUGUUUGCUCUCUGUCCUCUAUUAUAGAAAAUUCUAGUGGUAAUUUUAGGGGAAAAAAAUUGUUUUUCUACAGAAAUCGUCCUACUUCUAGGUGGACAUUCACAGCAUGCUUCUAGGCACAUGUCUGUCUUCACUCUGGAAAAGAAACAUGCAUCCAGCUGGAUGUGCAAGAAAAUGUUCGUGGCUGUGGAGAGCUAUCUUCCCCUCUCCUCGUGAAGUUAGCUACUACCCUAUUUUUCUAAUUUCCAUUGGGAAAAUACCAGUUCCUUGUUUCGUCUUCCUACCUCACCUUUUUCGGUGUCUACAUAACUAAGAGAAGCAUCUGCUUCUUAGUAUGUUCUUCUGCCACCAUAAAUUCAAAUCAAAUCCUCAUGCUGAUUUCUCACGGCUGAUUUUCCACUUUGCAGAAUGUUGCAAGUCUAGAUCUGUACUCUCUGGGAUGGAAGGAAACUGUUUUGGUGGGGCUGUGAGAUUCCUUUGAACAUGCAAAUAGUUGCCUGUUGUUAUUUUCUCUUUUUUUUUUUCUUUUUUUAAUGUAGUGAGGAUUUAUUGUAUCAAUCUACAGGGGCUACAGAAAUAGUUGUCUUAUAUUUGUUGUCUGUAACACCAGCAUGUUAGGAUUCUAUGAGAGAAAAUGUCUAUUUUUUAUGCUACUGUCUUCAAUUAAUAAAAUGCUCCGUUGCAGGACCCCCUCAGUCGUUUGUUUAAUGGUAGCAUUUCUGCUGUGUAGUUUUUCGUGGUGAUGAUCUACUCGACUCUUUGGCUGUGGAAAUGCUGCAACAUGUACUCCUUUUCAUGUGGAGAAACAUUUGGGCUGGAAACCAGACACCAUUCACACAUAUUGUACUAUGUAAAUAAGAUUCAUAGAAGUUAUAGCAUUGUAUUUAUUGCUUACACUAAGGAUGAAAUGGAAAAAAUGUGAAGUUUUGGUUUUUUUUUUGUUUUGGUUGUGCUUUAUUUUCACCUUGUUCAUAUGACUCCUCAUGCAUUUUAAUUGCUGAAAGAAGUAUUGUUUGAGAUCAAUAAAAUGUUACUCCAA